CGCGAAGACUAUCGGCCACCCCGCAACCGCAGCCGCACACCAAUCUAUAUCCUUGAAAUAGGAUACAGCUCUGACUCCCAACACCUACACCAACGAGAAGAGAAGUCCCAACAACACCAAGAACUCAAACAACUCCUAGAAGAAGCUGGAUGGACCGUCCACUACUCACCCGCCGAGUGCAUCGCCCUAGGCGUCACUGGUACCAUACCCGCAAACCUGGUCCCACUCCUGACCACCCUAGGCGUGUCCCCCAAGGCGGCCAAAGCCUGCGGACACAAGCUCCACCACCACGCCGUCAAUAGUGCUGGAGGCAUAAUUAAAGCCCGCAGGAUCAUGGAAUACGGGCACACGAGGACCCCAGGGUGAUGUCCCCAACCGGCCCCCCUUGCGUGGUGAGGCGGCAGGGUAGGGGAUGGGCCCCUUCACUGACCCGCCUUGCCCCGAUAAUCCACGCCAGGCCCUACGGGCCGGCGUUUCGAUUAUUAUUAUUAUUAUUAUUAUUGUCGGGCGUGUUCAUGCCGCCGCAACGGCUGACAGUGCUGAGCUCGCUCAUGACGCCGGGCCUAACCACCUGCGCGCAUGAUGGGUGCGCGCGCCACGCAUGCCGCGGCAACAACCUGCAGUAUGAGUGGGCGCGCAGGCCGGCGGGUGCCGCGGGAGGCAGUCAGCAGGGCAGCUCUGGGCGGACUGGCUGCCUGAUGGUGGAGCUUGAGCACCAUAAAACUGCUCGCUUCAAAUGGGAGCCGCUGCGCCUCACCAUUCCCCGGGAGCUGUCGGCUUCCAUCGUGCAGUUUGCCCGCCAUGCGCGGCCUGUACUCCUGCGGCUUGCUGAGGAUGAGGUCCCGUGCCCGUUUCUGCUUGUGUCCAAGAGUGGCGUGCCGUACGAUGAGAACUCGGUCACCAUCAGCAACGCGUGGAUGGACUUGCAGAAGCGGCAUCAUGCGCCGUGGAGACCCUUCAGUGCGCGCCUCUUCCGCCUCAUCCACGCCACCAUGGCGCACCAAGAAGUGGUGGACGCCGUUGUGGCGGACGGCAGGCUUGACGAGGAGGCUGCCGCGAUGGGCAACUCACGGCGUGUUCUGGAGAAGCAUUACGUCCGCAACCGCGCACCAGCUCUGGCGGAGGCUGCGAUACAGCGCACGCAGCAGUGGCGGCAGCAGUAGGAUGGCGCGAGGCGUCGCGAAACGCCGCCGGGGCAGCUACCCCAGGCGGCAAAGCGUUCCCAGCCUUCUGCACAGACACGGCCAUCCUCGCGCAUGCAGCAACACGUCGAGGUGCCACCGCCAUGCCAGCCGGUUCGUGCUCCUGCAGACUCCGGCUUGCAGGCGAAGCGGCGUCGUGUGUCUGAUGGAGACCAUACACGCCGUGCAGCUGCGGCGGUGGCUCCUGAGCACCAGCAGCAGGCAGCUGCGGACGACUGGGGGAUGGAUGCUUACGAUUGGCCUGAGGCGGAGGAGGAGGAGGGCGGCAUUGGCUGGUACACUAGUGAGUCCAGGAGCGUGCUGUCCGAUAGUGUGGCUGAGUCUGAUGGAGAGGAGUUGUGGUAAUACGGUGUGGUAAUACGGUAUGGCUGCAUACGCCUAAGGUAGGGCAGUAAGCAGUGGGCAGUGGUACAGGUGGUAGGCGGUCCGGUUGCGCGCGGCGGUUCAGACGUUGAAUGGCGUGUCAACAGUUGGUGGCAGCCCCCCAGCAACGCCAGACGCGACGGUUAUGUAGCAAGGUAUACAAUAACUUGUUAUACGUGUCCAAGAGGUUUGCGGCUGAUCGCCGAGUCGGACGCUGAUGGGCAGCCCAUAGCGCUGCUGCAAUUGUAUUGCACAAUCGACAUACACUGUAAGUAUAUUGAAAUCAUAUACUGCAAAUACUGAUUCUUUA